UCACACUGAGUCCAAAGCGUCGUUUUCAAAGUACUCUUUCAGUUUCCAUUGUGAAGUUUUAAGUGAUCGCGAGUGCCAAAAAGUAACAAUGGCUGAUGAUCAGGGACGUGGACGCAGGCGUCCACUUAACGAAGAUGAUUCCUCUACUUCCCGAGGUAGUGGUGAUGGGCCGCGGGUGAAAGUAUUCAGAGGAUCUUCAUCAGGUGACCCGAGAGCGGAUCCUCGUAUAGAGGCUUCAAGAGAGAGAAGAGCUCUCGAGGAAGCUCCCAGGCGUGAAGGUGGCCCGACAGAGCGAAAGCCGUGGGGUGACCAAUAUGAUUACCUGAAUACCCGUCCGGCUGAGCUGGUAUCCAAGAAGGGAACCGAUGGCGUCCCGGUCAUGCUGCAGACGAACUUUUUCCGAUUAAAAACCAAGCCGGAAUGGCGGAUCGUUCAUUAUCACGUGGAGUUUGAGCCGAGCAUCGAGAAUCCUCGUGUCCGUAUGGGAGUUUUGUCCAAUCAUGCUAACCUUCUGGGAUCAGGCUAUCUAUUCGAUGGACUGCAACUGUUCACCACCAGGAAAUUCGAGCAGGAAAUCACGGUGCUCAGCGGAAAGUCGAAGCUGGACAUUGAAUACAAGAUAUCCAUAAAGUUCGUUGGAUUCAUAUCGUGUGCUGAGCCCCGCUUUUUGCAAGUCUUAAAUCUAAUAUUGCGCCGCUCCAUGAAGGGCCUAAAUUUGGAAUUAGUUGGCCGUAAUCUCUUUGAUCCCCGAGCUAAGAUCGAAAUAAGGGAGUUCAAAAUGGAGCUAUGGCCGGGCUAUGAGACAUCGAUUCGUCAGCACGAAAAAGAUAUUUUAUUGGGCACCGAAAUAACUCACAAAGUUAUGCGCACCGAGACGAUCUACGACAUAAUGCGACGUUGCUCACACAAUCCGGCUCGUCAUCAGGACGAAGUACGGGUAAAUGUUUUGGACUUGAUUGUCCUUACGGAUUACAAUAACAGAACUUAUCGUAUCAAUGAUGUCGACUUUGGACAAACUCCGAAAUCAACAUUCAGUUGCAAGGGUAGAGAUAUCAGUUUCGUGGAAUACUAUCUCACUAAAUAUAAUAUACGCAUUCGCGACCACAAUCAGCCGCUGCUGAUCUCCAAAAAUAGGGACAAGGCUCUAAAAACUAACGCUAGCGAAUUAGUGGUACUAAUUCCUGAGCUCUGCCGAGUGACUGGGCUCAAUGCCGAGAUGCGCUCAAACUUUCAGCUUAUGCGUGCCAUGAGCAGUUAUACGCGAAUGAACCCCAAACAACGCACUGAUCGAUUGCGCGCUUUUAACCACCGUUUACAAAACACUCCAGAAAGUGUGAAGGUCUUGAGAGACUGGAACAUGGAACUGGACAAGAACGUCACAGAAGUACAAGGCCGGAUAAUUGGACAGCAGAACAUCGUGUUUCAUAAUGGAAAGGUUCCUGCUGGAGAAAACGCUGAUUGGCAAAGGCACUUCAGAGACCAAAGGAUGCUUACCACUCCGAGCGAUGGCCUCGAUCGUUGGGCUGUCAUCGCGCCGCAAAGGAAUUCCCAUGAACUCCGAACUCUACUUGACUCUUUGUAUAGAGCAGCUAGUGGAAUGGGUCUUAGAAUUCGAAGCCCCCAGGAAUUCAUAAUUUAUGAUGAUCGCACUGGAACUUAUGUGAGAGCAAUGGAUGAUUGUGUGCGCUCAGAUCCCAAACUUAUAUUAUGCCUCGUACCCAAUGAUAACGCCGAAAGAUACUCAUCAAUCAAAAAGAGAGGAUACGUUGACAGGGCGGUGCCAACUCAAGUUGUGACCCUUAAAACGACCAAGAACCGUAGCCUUAUGAGCAUUGCCACCAAAAUAGCAAUCCAACUGAAUUGCAAGUUGGGAUAUACACCCUGGAUGAUCGAACUACCCUUGUCCGGACUGAUGACAAUUGGCUUUGACAUUGCGAAGAGCACACGAGAUCGGAAGAGGGCCUACGGAGCAUUGAUUGCCUCAAUGGAUCUACAGCAAAACUCCACGUACUUCAGCACAGUCACGGAGUGCAGCGCCUUUGAUGUGCUCGCUAACACCCUUUGGCCGAUGAUAGCAAAGGCCCUGCGCCAAUAUCAACAUGAGCAUAGGAAGCUGCCAUCUCGAAUCGUAUUUUAUCGAGACGGUGUGAGCUCCGGCUCUCUAAAGCAGCUUUUUGAAUUUGAAGUCAAGGACAUCAUUGAGAAGUUGAAAACUGAAUACGCCCGCGUCCAGCUAAGCCCACCGCAAUUAGCUUAUAUUGUGGUAACCAGAUCCAUGAACACGCGCUUCUUCCUCAACGGACAAAAUCCUCCGCCUGGUACUAUAGUUGAUGACGUUAUAACUCUGCCCGAGAGAUACGACUUUUAUCUGGUCUCGCAACAAGUUCGUCAGGGUACAGUGUCGCCGACCAGCUACAAUGUUCUUUAUAGCAGCAUGGGUCUCUCACCGGAGAAAAUGCAAAAACUUACGUACAAGAUGUGCCACUUGUACUACAAUUGGUCGGGCACCACACGAGUGCCAGCAGUUUGCCAGUACGCUAAGAAGCUAGCUACCCUCGUGGGUACGAACUUGCACUCUAUUCCGCAAAACGCGCUCGAAAAGAAGUUUUAUUAUCUAUAAUUGGAUAUAAUUUAGAAUGGAGUAUUAAUCCUUACUAAGAGGCCAUAUAUGAAACUAGCCCAGACAUUUAUACUUUUUCAAUACUUUCUUACUUUUGCUAAGCACUUCAGCAUUUAUGACUAAAUAUUUUGUAUUUGAAAUGCAUUACUGCUCUUUUUUCAAACAAAAGCAAAAUUGAGGAUUAAGAUUCUGGUAUUUAAGCAUAAGACCAGAGGAAAUUCCCAAACAAACAUUUAAAGUUAUCUAUCAAGACAUGUUCAUUAAUUUGGAAUAUAAUUACUUUAUUUUUUAUUGUAUAUUUUAGUUUAUGUAAAGAAAAAUUACAUACAUCCAUGUUUGCUUACUUAACCACACAUUCAUGGCUGCUUAUAUUCGUGAAACAUAUUUUAUUAAUUAUACAGGUAUUUAACUUUCACAAGGAUAAUACAAUUUCAUAGCUUGUUGAGUAUACUG